AUGAGAGGUGGUGGAUCUGGUGGUGGUGCUCGUGGUGGUUGGAUUGGGAGGAAGAGGAAGAAGUUUCGAGCUAUACCUCGAGAAGCAAAUGAUUUUGAGCUUGGCAAAGCCAAGUAUUAUAUCAUAAUGGUCAUGAGCGCUAUAAUAUGGCAAUUGCAGGGUGUUGGAACUGUGGGCGUAAUCUUCUACACAAGUGCUCUUUUCAACGGUAUACUCGCUGCACUCUUAGUCCCAUUAAUAGGAGUUGCAGCCGUCAUAUUUUACCAUGAAAGUUUCACGGGAUUAAAAGGAAUAGCAUUGGUAUUAUGUCUUUGGGGUUUCAGUUCUUACUUUUAUGGAGAAUACAAGAUGAUGAAAAAGGUAGUCAAUGAUGAAACUCCAGGGGUAAUCGACAAAGUCGAACAUGAGCCUAAAAGAUUAGAUGAUCAAGAUGAAGCAUAUAUUGUAUGA